CUUAAAACAGUAAUAAAAUAUUAUUGGUUGGCACCUCUGUCCUGUUAAAUGUUUGUGUUGUGUUUUGAUUUGAUUUCUAAAAAUAGUGAAAAACGGGGUAUUUUCCAAGAUUGUGAGUCGUUGUGAGUGAAAUUGGCCCACAAUUAGUUAUGGCACGAAGGCCACCCCCUAGCCACCGAAUCCGCGUGGAAAAUGAGAUGAUCAGACGGCGGGAAAAAGAGUUUUGUCACGACCGUCUAUGGAACGGUCAAAGACGUUACUACGAAGAUUUUGAAAGGAAGAAUACAAAAUAUGAUGAAUGGACGUCACCCCGAUAUUACGAAAAUCAGCAAAAACUUAUGGAAAAAACGAAGAAAGAACGCGAACAUGAGGAAAAUCUUGAGCGGAGGAGAGCAAAAUUGAAGAAAUUGCUUUAUGACGAAGAAAAGUUACAAGAAGCUGAAUUGCAGAUUCGCAAGGUCAGAAAUAUGACCUCUGUUAGGUCGCCACGACCUAACGAGAUACCAACUGAAAUUUUGAAGGAGCUCAAUAAUGGUUUGAAAUUGGAGGAAGAAGAAAGAAGAAGACACCAAGCGGAACUCAAGUUGUAUCACCAAUGGAGGAGUAGUAACCCCUUCUUAAAUCAUUACGAAAGGAUGCAAGCCAGUCGGGAUUUAAAAUUGUCUUGGUUGGACCAACAAAUCGAAAAUCGGAUGAAGAAGGAGAAGGAAGAGGAAGAAUGUCGCAAGUUGCUAAAAGAACGCGAGAAAAUCAUGAAAGAAGAACAGGAGAAGUUUGAUCAAGAACAGAAAAGGUUACAAUUGAAGAAGGAAGAAUUAAAAGCGAGUCUGGAACAACAAAUUGACGAGAUGCGUCUAAAGACGCAAAUUAGUGAAGAUCUGAAACGAAAAGAAGAUGAAGAAAGGAGGAAGAAAGCCGAAUUGGAUGAAAUCGCACUGAAGCGGAUUGAGGAAGAGAAGAAGCGACUUGAAAGAGAGUGCGCUCUUGAUAACAUCAAGCAACACAAACUGAAAUUAAAGAAGAAAGCCGAAGAUGUGGUGAAGACUUUGGAUGAAGAGCGUUACUUGAUUAUGAAAUUAAAAGAAUUGGAAAUCGCCGAGAGACUUGAAGAUGAAAUGAAGAAGAUUGAAGUUAAAGCCGCACUAGACCAGUUUUUGGCCUUGAAUGAAGAACAGAAGAAACUUGAGAAGAUUCGCCAAAAGAAUUUGGAUUUUUUGUUCGAUUCAGAGGCCAAGACAAUGUACGAGCAACAGGAGAAAUUCUGGAAGGAAGAGGAAGCUUCCAGGGCGAAGUUAUUGAAAGAUGUUAUUGAUACGAUUCAAGGACAGAUUCAAAGUAACAUUGAGAAGAAUAGGAGAAGACAGUUGGAGGUGAUUCAAGAACGGGAAGAAAUGCUCAAGAAGAUUGAGGAGCACAACCAGGAAAUGGCGCGUUUGAAGGAAGAAGAGGAAACGAAGAAACGGAAAAUGAUGUCGAUGCUUAAAAAUGAUCUCGAAAUGAAGAAUUUGAAGAAGAAGGCGAAGGAAAAUGCCGAAUUGAGACGAAUAGAUGAAGAAUUGGAACGAGUUCGCAAGGAGGAAGAACGUCUCAAACAAGAAAUACUAAACAUACAACGGAGGCAAGGACCUAUAAAGUCCACAAGAAGUAAGUCUUUUUUCUGCUAAACUAAUUACAAAUAAUAACAAGGUUGCUGAACUGUGAAAAACCGUUUUACAUUUGCCGAAAAAAUGCUCGGAAUGUUGGUAUUUCCUCCGUCAUUGUUUUUAAUAAUUGUAGGUUUCAAUAUUUGGUUGCAUAAUUUUUGUAAUAUUAGUUGGUUCUAUUUUGAGCCAAGGUUCUUUCUUUUGUUUUUUUUUUUUUGUUUUUAUGGUUGAAAUGCUAAAAUGUGAUUUUACUUUAAUACAAAUACUCGACGAAACCA